UGGAGCUGUCAAAUUUACAUUUUGAUUUAUUCAUCUAAGCUUUUGCUCGAUCAACGGUACACGAAACAGUUGAUUGUAACAGAACAAUUGAAGAAUCCAACAUUUUAUCUGCAUAUCAACAAUAGCCGUUAGAAAACCCGAGACCAUGUCAGACAUCGAUCUAGACGACGAAGCUCCUCCCAAUCUUGUGGAGGUUGGCACGGACGGGCAGCUCGAAGAAAUCACGGUAAAAGUGCCAAUUACAAUCGUUACGGGCUAUCUGGGGGCUGGCAAGACCACCUUGCUCAAUUACAUUUUGACUGCCCAGCAUGGCAAGAAGAUUGCUGUUAUAAUGAAUGAAUUUGGCGACUCACUUGACAUUGAAAAAUCCCUAACAAUCAAUAAGGGAGAUGAAAAAGUUGAAGAGUGGCUUGAAGUCGGUAAUGGAUGUAUCUGCUGCUCCGUCAAGGAUACGGGUGUCAAUGCCAUUGAAUCGCUAAUGAUGAAGAAGGGCGCAUUUGACUACAUUUUACUAGAAACAACCGGCCUGGCAGAUCCUGGAAACCUUGCCCCCCUAUUUUGGGUCGAUGAUGGCUUGGGGAGCAGCAUCUAUCUAGACGGAAUCGUGACGUUGGUGGACGCCAAAAACAUUCUCAAGAGUCUGGACAAUGAAGGUGGAAAGGUUGAUGACCAUGAACAAGACGACCAUGGGCCUGUUAUGACCACAGCGCACGUGCAAAUUUCUCACGCCGAUGUUAUUGUUAUUAACAAGGCCGAUCUGGUUACUGGGGCGGAGCUGCAGCAAGUGAAGGAUAGGAUAUCAUCCAUCAACGGCGUCGCAAAGCUUCACGUCACGGAACGCAGCGAGGUCCCCAAGCUUGAAGGCCUUCUGCUCGACUUGCAUGCCUACGACCAAUUUCAGGAGCCAGAGCCCAAAACCCAGCUGCACAGUCACUUGGACCCUACUAUAUCAACAGUUACGGUGCCAUUCUCUGCCCUAAAAACGGAACAACUGGACAAAGUGGACAAAUGGCUACGUGAAAUUCUGUGGGAUGCUCGCUUGCCAGGGUCUGACGCUGAGCAAAAGUUUGAAAUCCACCGCUCCAAGGGUCGCUUGGUCUUUCAGGACGGGCCCGUUAAACUAUUACAAGGCGUACGGGAGAUUUUUGAGCUUAUAGACAUACAAGAAGAGGAAGAUGAUGGUGAUAGAAAAGCUACAGCUGGUGAUGGGAAGAUCAUUUUUAUAGGACGAAAUGUGGCGGGCGUUGAUUUCAAAAAGAGCUUUGAUGGCUUUGUGGGAUGAGUUACAUGGCGUGUGUUGGUUUUUUUUUCUAAAUAAGCUUUAUUAUGAUGAUGGAAUGAAGCUAAAUCAAAUACGAGUGAUACUC